AUGAUGCCCAUGUUCCAAGUGCGCGAAAUGCAACCACUCUUCUCUAUUCUUCUGGACAAAAUAGACGUCAUACCUAUAGGGAUUCUCAAAACGCUGGUGGAGGAAACCCCGUCAGCGCAGUAUUUUUACGAAAUAACCUCCACAAAGGUGAAGAGAAAGAUAUGGGUUCUAUGCCCCCAGAAAUUCUACCAAGAAGUUGAACCUAUCAUAGACGAAAUUAUUUUAAGAAUUAAAAUAAAAAGCAGACACGAUGACACAGUAGUUGCAUUGAUUAACCAAAUUGUCGAGUUGAUAGGAAAUCAAAAGGAAAAAAACUUUUUGUAUAAUUUGUGUGUGCACAUUGUGAGGUUAAAAUGGGUUCAGGUCAUUAUAAGUGAAAGAGAAAGUUUUUCCCCAGAUUGUGGCGGAGUAAGUAACGGUACUUCUCCCCCCGGUGGGGGUAAAGAAUCUAGAAGUGAUGCUGAAGAUAGAAAUGUAGAAUCUAAAGCACAUUCUACUCGUGUUCCAUGUGAAAGAAACGAAUUUGUAGAGGACACACAUUUAAAAAGUGAGUACAAAGAAAAUUGGGAUAAUUUUUGUUACGUAAAUUUAGAUCCCAUUUCACACCCUUACUUGGCUGAUAACCAUUUUGGAGACAGGCUGAAAAAACUGCACUCUUGUUUUGACAAAAUUAUGCAUAAAGAGCAAAAUGUAAAAGGGGAAGAGGUAAAUAAUUCCGAUGGGACCAAGCCGUAUGUUAUAUCUCUCAGUGGGUAUAGGCACAAUAGCACCUCUUUUCACUAUUUGAAGAAGAGGAAGUUGGUGCAGGUACGAGACUGUGAAGAUAAUAAUCCCAAAGGGGGGGGGAUGAUCCCUUGGAAGAACUGCGCGAAGGAUUCAAGGAGCUUUUUCAGAAACACCGUGGAGCCCGGCAUCGACUUUUGUGGCGAAUAUAAAAACGAUAUGAAGAGGAGCUUGUCGGUAGGCCAAGAAGGGAAAGACGCGAAAAGAAUAAAAAUCAACAUACAUAGUUUUAAAAAAGAUAAGUUUUUUCCAAAUGGGUCUAACCUAAGUAGUGGAAAAAGGUGCAGCGAGGCGGGAGAUACUACCACAGUUGGUGAGUUUAAGGGGGAGGACGAGGAUGGUAUUAUGCCCAGAAGUAGCGUCAAUAAGGACAGCACUAGGGGGAACACCCAUCUCAUCACAAACAACAGUCGUAGUAGCCAUAGUAGUAGGAGCAGUAACGAUAGAGAAGAAGGAGAUGCGAUGGAAAGCAAAAAGAAAGAGCAGAAAAAAAAUAAAAAUGCAAAUGCAAAUAAAAUAAAGUACAAAGCGAAUUGCACUGAAAAUUGUCCCAAAAAAACUCUUCUACCUUUCGAUGGAAUAUUUUAUAGCCAUCUAAGACUCCUUUUAUGUCUGCAGUAUAGAGAAAAAUAUAACAUAAAAGAUGAAGAGAUGAUGAAAGUAGAUCGAUAUUUUCCUGUGAUUGAAUUUAUUAACCAUGUCAUUAGAGAUGGCAUAGUAAAUUUUUCGGAUCAAGUUAAGACACAAGAAGUAGUUAAAAGGAUUAAAAAUAGCAUGAACAUAAAAAACGUGGAAGAUUUAUGUGAGUACUCCUUCCUAUUUAGCAACGUCUUAUUAAAAUUUUGCAUCAUUAAAGGCAUUUGUUUUUGUUUCUAUCGAAAUAACUUGGAGGUGGUGCCCUAUAAAAAUUGCAUGUUUUUUUGGACCUCCCUUUUUUACUUUGGAGUUUACAACAAUUUUUUUUCUUUAAUUAAGUAUGCGCUGGAUAAGGUGGAGUACAAGGACAGAAAAAGGAGGUCCAGCCAGUAUUUUCACUUCAAAGAGAGGUUGCUGGGGGAAGGCAUUCAAUCCUGUGGGGAUUUCACUGGGGAUAUCUUCAGGGUGGGGGAUGUCGAAAGUGACUCUUGGGGUUCUGGGGAUGAGAAAAGGGAGGGCCUAUCGGAGGGAGAGUCGGGGGGAUCAGAUGAAGUAUCAGCUGAAUCUUCGGAGGGGGCAUUGCACGAAGAAGGAAAAGAAGCGGAUUUAACCGGGGAGGACUACAGAGAAUGUGAAGGAAGCAGGACAAGUGAAUAUUACGAAGAGGUUGACGAGGAUGGAAGUAGUGAGGGGGGCGACACGGUUGGCAGUAGUGAGGAGACUGGAAGUAGCAAUGUGAGUGAAGGGGUAAGAAGGACCGAACGGCGUGAAGAGCUCGAGGGGAUAGCGCCCAGUGAGGAGAAAGACGAAGCAGCGCCCAGUGAGGAGAUAGACGGAACAGUGCUCAGCGAAGAGGUUGACCACACCGAGCACAGUUCACCGACAGGAGGGCCAAGCCCGGAUUACCCACACGAGCACGGAAUUUCCCGUGAGAGGUACAAUAGCAGCGUUGAAUAUGGGGAGCAGUCCACCACAAACGGAAAAGAGCGUUACGACGACGUGUGUGAAUACCAAGGCCAUCUGGAGCGGUACGACGAAAGUGAAGUGCGCGAUGGGGAAUCGAGCGAGGAGAGGAAGCGGAGGGAGCAAGAGCGGGCGUACGCCAGGUAUAGGGAGUACGAAUAUGGCGAGGGGGGAGAGCUCGAAGAGUAUGGAGCAGAUGGGGGAGAUGGUGAAGACGGUGAAGACGACGAAAGCGACGGGCAUGGAGAAGACGACGAAAGCGACGGGCAUGGAGAAGACGACGAAAGCGACGGGCAUGGUGAGGACGACGAAAGCGGCGGAGAUGGCCAGGACGACGAAAGCGACGAAUAUAGUGAAGACGACGAAAGUGACGAAUAUGGUGCAGAUGACGAAGAUUCCCUCGGAGACGGCGAGGAGGAGACUUACAUCCGCCGCUACACGCGCUACCCCCACGGAGGGCGCAAGGGAAAAGCGCGAGUGCGCCAGUUCAAGACCUGUAGUGACAACACAUACCUCGCGCACCACAGAGAAAGAAGCGAGAAGGACAAUUUCAAAUUUUAUUUCUAUAGCGUGCGGAGCACACAAGAACCGAAGGAAGAGCACACCAACAGUGUCGGACAUACCAUCAGUGAAAUGAAAAGCAAAAAAAAGUAUAAACUCUUGGUGAGUGAUUGUAAAGAUAGCUAUUUGAAGAUGCCCCUAAUGAGCAUUUUAAAAUAUAUAGUCAUUGAGAAUAAUGAACAAGGUAGCUUCCUGUCCUUUUUUGAUUUUAUCCAAGAAGAUACAAAAUUUGAGAACUUAAAAUCUGUGAAGGAAAAAAACAGCAUAUUGCUCUUCUCAGCUUUGUUGAAUAUUCCCCAAGUAAAUUAUAUGAAAAUAAAAAAAUUUUUUUCCAUCAUUCACGAAUUUUUUUAUAUGGAAAAGAAAAAUUUACGAAGUUUAUCCCUCAGUAAUGCACCACCGAGGGAGGGUAACUCCAAUGCAGAAGUUACACACGAGAUGAGAAGGGUGGAGGAGCAUAAAAAAUCACAUACAUCGAGUGAACUGUUAUGCAACACCAACAUGUGUAGUGACGACACUGGUAAGGUAGAUAGGGUGGGCAGUAAUAUGUGCACCUCUUCAAACGGUGUUAGCAGCUACGCCAAUUGGGGUUCAAGCAAAAGAGACACAGAAAACGAAGUGAUCAGUAGCGGGUUACCCCUUCAUAUUAGCAAUGAAUAUGCAACUAUGUGUGAGAAAGACAGACGCGUGAACGAAUGGAGUGAAGACCAAACCAGCGUGUCAGACACGGGAAGCAUUAACAACUUGCCUGUGGGAGGGAGGGAAAAAAAUACGUUUGAAAGUCUGAGGAAAAGGCUAGUAAGCCAAACAAAUGAUAUGAACAGCACAAUAUGUGGAAAUCAAUUCUUAAUAAAUAAUAACAUAACGUCUAUAUGUGCUUACCUGAGGGAGAUGGGCGAUGGCGGUGGUGGUGACUGUGGCUUAGUUAACCCUCUUAGUCAAGUCGAUGUGGAUAAUGCGACAAAUCUUGCAAUAGGAGCGAAAGGGAGCGAGGCGAACAGCGAGUUGAGCCAAAUUCGAGAUCUAAUUGCCUGGCGGAGCGAACAGAAGAGAAGUACACCCCGCUCAAUUAACCUCUUUUGCGAAAUUUCGAAAGAGAUAGUGAGUAAGUUAAACAAUUGCAGCAACGUCAGCACCAUUAACAAGUGCCUGCCUUAUAUUUUAAAAAUUUGUUCCCGAACUUUCCAUUUUUUAAAAAAAAAGAAACUGAUAAAUAUUUACAUAAAAUAUAUGUAUCUAUAUGAGUAUCUGUACCACAUGGUACUGAACAGAAUGCUGCACAUUAGCACGAUGAAGAGUCUCCCGUUUUUGCAAAAUGUUAUCUUAAAGGAGUUGCAUUAUUACUUUGAGGAUUUUAAAAAUAGGAAAGUGAAGAACCUGUGGAAGUUUUACCUCUACGCUCGCACACUAAUUGAUAUAAACAAAAUGAACUUAAUUAACAAGCUGUUUCAUAACAAUGCCGUUGAUUAUUUUAUAAAGCUGUUUUACUCUCUGUCCUUUUACAACCCGGUGUUUUCGGUUCUUUUUUUGAAGCUCAUCGAGACACCCCUGUUCUAUAGGAAUAUUGAAAAUAAGAAAAGAGAAAUUUUGCAAAACAUUUGGAUGGGGACGCAUGAAAGGAACUUUUCAGGCAAUUCCGAAGAUAAUCGACAAUCCACAGAGUAUAAAAUUUGGAUCGAGGCGUACAACAAAUUUUUUACCAAGUGA